AUGAAGAUCUUUCUGACAGGGGCGACUGGGUACGUAGGCGGAGAAGCGCUGUACAAUCUCUACCACUCGGGGGACUCACACGACAUUGCCGUGCUCAACCGCCAUGCUGAAAGCGAUAAGUCCAUCUUGGAAGCUUUCCCAAAAGUGCGAGUGGUUCAGGGCGACCUGGACGACACAGAGCUCAUCGAGAAUGAAUCCAAAGCCGCAGAUAUAGUCUUCCAUCUGGCCAGCACCAAACACCUUCCAAGCUCGCAGGCAAUCAGCAAAGGGUUGAGUAGUCGAGAUAAGCCAAGCUUCUGGGUCCAGAUGUCUGGUGCCUCCAUGUUCUCCGUCCCCGACAUUGAGCAUAAGUCGUAUGGCGAGCCGCCGUCCGAGAUUAUCAACGACGUUGACGACACAGAGAAGAUCCGCAAGAUUAUCACCGACAACCCAGCCCGGACUGUGGACCAUCUGGUGCUUUCACAAGAUCGGGUGAAGACAGCCCUGAUCAUCGGUCCAUUGAUCUACGGCACUGGUCGAGGACCCGGCAACACGAGAAGUAUCCAAGCCCCUGAGAUGGCACGGGUUACGCUUCAACAAGGAGAGGGCUUCCGUGUUGGCGCUGGGAAGAGCGCGUGGAGCAAUGUUCACGUCCAGGAUCUGGGUUUGCUAGCAGCUGACUUGGCGAAAGCCGCAGCAGAGGAUAGAAGUGGGUGCUGGAAUCAUGAUGGAGUGUAUGCCGUUGAGAAUGGCGGUUUGGAAUUUGGAGAGCUGGGCGAGCUAAUUGCAAGGGAAGCACAUGCUCAAGGGUUGAUCAAAUCGUCGAAAGUUACGCACGUCAUGUCGGCAGACGAAGCAAACAAAGCCAUGCCAGCUGGGGCUAUUUUCUGGGCCACGAACGCAGUGACAGUUGCCACGCGGGCGAGAAAGCAGUUGAACUGGGAACCAUUGCAGCCCAGCCUCACCGAGACGGUGGAGGAGGUCGUAGAGAUCGAAGCCAAGAGGUUGAAGUGA